UCCCCUCAGACUUCUGCAAUAAUGAAACCAACCGUGCUCGAUACUUAAUGAGAAGAAGGUUACGCAUACAAUUAACUCUGACAUUGACUAUACUUUGCGACUAUUGGAAUAUAAAUUGGUCCUGCCAUUUGCCUUCGCACACGCAACAGUGUCAUAUUACAAUUAUUAUAUAUUUACUAUAUUAUUUACACAAAGAUAACAUACUCGAGUAAGUGCAAUAAUAGUUUGUAAAUAUGAAUGGUAGAACGCGGAACGUUCGACUUUCGAGUGGCUAUGUUAUGCCUCUUAUUGGAUUUGGAACAUAUAAGAUUCAAGGGAGAGAGACAAUAUGUGAUGUUGUUGAUGAAAGUUUGAAAGUAGGUUUUCGUUCUAUUGAUACAGCUGUAGUUUACCGUAAUGAAGAGGAUAUUGGUUAUGCUUUAACACUGCUGUUACCAAAAUAUAAUCUUGAAAGAAGCGAUAUUUUUAUAACAACUAAACUUUCGCCAAGAGAUCAUGGAAAUCCAGAAAGAAUAGAAGAAUCUGUGCAGAAGUCUCUUAAAGCACUUAAUACCACAUACAUUGAUCUGUAUUUGAUUCAUUGGCCAGCUGCUUCCCGUAUACCAGAGACUUCCACAGAUAACUCCAGCUUAAGAGCAAAGACUUGGAGAACAUUAGUAGAUUUGAAAAAGCAAGGAUUCAUAAGAUCUGUAGGUGUAUCUAACUAUACUGUAAGGCACUUGGAAGAGUUGUUACAUGACCGUAAGGGUAUAGCACCAGCUGUUAAUCAAGUUGAAUGCCAUCCUCAUUUUCGUCAAGAAGAACUAAUCGCAUAUUGCAAUGAAAAAGGCGUUCAUGUGCAAGCUUACUCUUCUUUAGGAACUAGUAGCAAUACUAGUCUUUUAACAGAUCCAACUGUUACGAAAAUAGCUUCUCAGCUUGAUGUAUCUCCAGCGCAGUUGUUGUUAAAAUGGGCCUUGGAACAGGGAAUUGGAAUUAUUCCCAAGGCUGUACAAAAAGAGCAUAUAAGAAACAAUAUGCAGUUAGAUUUUAUGAUUGAUGAAGAAAAUAUGAAUGCUUUAUCUUCUCUGCCUCAGUGUAAAUAUACUUGGGAUCCUUCUAAUGUUUAUUAAAUAAACAAAGCAAUAAAUAAUUUAAACUAA